AUGUCAGCCAUUCAGCUCUCCCUGCUUAUCCUGCAGGGUGCUGUAGCACUCGCUCAAAAUCCCGUCACCUUCAAAUCGACGGGCAAUCCGAUUUUAGCCGAUGGCUCGUACUACUCGGCCGACCCCGCCCCGCUUGUGGUAAACAACACGCUGUACAUCAUUGCGGGCCAUGAUGAGGCGCCGGUCGACCAGAAUGCUUUCAUAAUCAACGAAUGGGAGAUGCUUGUUGGCGAAUCGCCCAGCCCAUCCGGCAGCGAAUGGACCUUGCAUCCGGCCUUCGCGAAACCCCAUGAGAUCUUCUCCUGGGCUGCUGAAGGGACAGCUUAUGCCGCUCAAAUCGUCCAAGGCCCAGACGGAAAAUUCUACCUGUACGCACCCGUGACACAAGCCGACACGACCAACUCGGACCCCUUCGCCAUCGGUGUCGCCGUUGCCGACAGCCCGCUCGGCCCGUACACGGAUGCCCACCCAUCCGGCCCCAUCUUCUCGCAAUCCGUCCCGGCACCGGGCAACAACAUCCAGAACAUCGAUCCCACCGUGCUCGUCGAUGACGACGGCAAAGUCUACGCCUACUACGGCACCUUCGGGCAGCUCCGGGGCUACGAGCUGGACUCCGACAUGGUCACGACCAAGGGCGACGUGACGACCGUCGACAGCCUGACAGGCUUCUUCGAAGCGCCGUGGCUGAUGAAGCGCAACGACACGUACUACAUGCUCUACGCCGCCAACAACGCCGGGCCCGACUCGCCCUGCACGCCGACCUCCUACCACGCCUGCAUCGCCUACGGCACCGCCUCCUCGCCGCUCGGCCCGUGGACCUUCCAGGACGUCAUCCUCGGCAUCGUGUCGUCCACGACCUCGCACUCCGGCGCCGUCGAGCUGGACGACGGGCAAUGGUACCUCGUCUACCACACGGCCGACGCCGAGGGCGGCGGGCACUUCCGGCGCAGCGUGGCCUUCGACGCGCUGACCUGGGACGACAGCGCGUCGCCGCCAGCCAUCAACCGGAUCGUGCAGACGAAGCGGCCGCAGGCCGACGCCGAGCCGACGCGGAACGUCGCGCCCAAGGCCAGUGCUAGCUCCGUGAAUGAGACGCCGAUCCAGUACUGGGUCGAGUCGCUGCACGACGGCAAGAUCCCGUCGAACCCGCUGCCGCCGGACUACUGGAGCUCGUACGCCGGCACCGACUCGCCGCAGCAGAGCACGCUGGUGUACACGUGGAAUGCGUCUGUCGCGCUGAAUGGCGUGCGCAUGGCGUUCUUUGCGGAUCAGGCGGCGGGUGCGAGUGAGGGCGUGCCGCCGCCGGCUGCGUGGCAUGUCGAGUACAAGACCGAGGCGGGGGAGUGGGAGAAGGUGGCGAAUACGUCGGAAUAUCCCCUGGAAGUCACGGAUGAUCCUGCUGAGGUUUCGUUCACCGAGGUCAGCACUACUUCGCUCCGUGCCAUAUUGACGGCGUCGGGCAGUGGCAGCCAGUUUGGUGGUGUUGGUGUCAAGGAGUGGGAAGCGUUGGCGCCGACUGCGCAGUAG